AUGGUCACAGCAGAACACAAGCCCUCCAGGAUCCUGGAUGCACAGCGACCCCACAGGAGGCAGAAUGAGGCCCUGUUCCCCGUGGGUCCCGUGACCCCCAGCCGCAGGUGGACGUUCAGAUGCUACAGCUAUUUCAGGAAGAGUCCCCAGGUGUGGUCGGAGCUCAGUGACCCCCUGGAGAUCCGGGAUUACACGGUGGGGAAUCUCGUCUGUAUGGGCGUGGCUGGUGUGGUCCUGGUGGUCCUCGGGGUGCUGCUGUUCCAGGCUCGACACAGCCCUGCAAACCGCCAAGGUGGAAUCCAGGAUGAGCAUCCUGUACCCGGGGUCCUUCCUGCAUCCUGUGCCCGUGGUCCUUCCUGCAUCCUGUACCCGGGGCCCUUCCUGCAUCCUGUACCCAUGGCCCUUCCUGCAUCCUGUACCCGUGGUCCUUCCUAUAUCCUGUACCCAUGGUCCCUCCUGCAUCCUUUACCCGUGGUCCUUCCUGCAUCAUGUACCCAUGGUCCCUCCUGCAUCCUGUACCCGGGGCCCUUCCUGCAUCCUGUACCCGUGCUCAUCUGCCAUUCGGCCAAAGAGAAGGGAGCAAGCGGGGCGCUGGGGGCUGUUCCCUCCAGAGAGGCCCCUGGAGAGGAACCCGAGACGAGGCACAGGGAGUUGUCCUUGUCAGCACACCCCGUGGACAUGGGGGGCAGCGCCUCAACCACGACCCUCGCUGCCCUUCUCUGCCUCGGGCUGUGUCGGGGCCCCCGGGACCGCGUGCAGGCGGGGACCCUCCCCAAGCCCUCCAUCUGAGCUGACCCAGGCCCCGUGGUUACCAACGGCAGCCCUGUGACCAUCCGCUGUCAGGGGCCUCGGCAGGCUGUCACGUACAGUCUGUAUAAAGAGAACUCCGGACGCUGGACCCUGGUAGCCCAGGAUGAGUUCAGGGACAAGGCCAGUUUCCCCGUUGGGCCCAUGAGCGCACACCGCGCAGGACGGUACCAGUGUGCGUUUCACGGCAGGAGCAACGGUUCAGAGUGGAGUGGCCCCCUGGCCCUGGUGGUGACAGAUGAGGGGAGGUGCCAGACCCUCCCCCCGGAGACCCCUCCCCCGGAGACACCCUCCCCUGGGGCCCCUCCCUCCGAAAUCCCUCCCCGGAGGCCAUGCCCCCUGGAGACUCCUCCCCUAGAGGCCCCUCCCCCAGAGGCCCCUCCCCCAGGGGAUCCCCACCUCGCCGUCGGCACCUCUAACCCGGCUCCGCUCUCUCCCUCAGGAGUGCAAGACCCACCCUCCCUCUCGGCUGACCCAAGCCCUGUGGUGGCGUCAGGAGGGACCGUGUCCCUCAGGUGUAGGUCACAGUUCACAGGGGGCACUUUCCACCUGCUGAAGGAGGGAGGAGCUGACGCACCCCAACACGUGGUCCCGCUGUUCUCUGCUGGGGGGUGGCAGGCCCGCUUCCGCGUGGACCCCGUGACCACCUCCCGUGGCAGGACCUACAGAUGCUACAGCUCUCCCAUGGCUUACCCCUACGUGUGGUCACUCCCCAGCGGCCCUCUGACCCUGGAGGUCACAGGUGAGGGGAGGUUGGCUCAGCCCUGGCUAUUUCCUGACCCCAAAGUGACUGGCCCAUGGAGGCCUGGGUGGGGGAGGGCUGGGGACGCUGGCCCCCGGGGGCCAGAACCAUUGGAGAUCCGAGAAGGGAUUCCUCCAUCGUUCCUGUGUCCCCCCGAGGAACUUUGUUCUGAGGAGGAACUAAUGUUAUCCCAUCACAAACACGUCAGACUAAGGAGGGGUGAGUGGGAGGGAUUCUCAGUUACGAGUCUGGGCUCAGAGGGUCACAUCCCGUCAGUGGGAACUGCACACCCCCUGGACUACACACCAGGGAACCUCAUCUGGUUGGGCAUCGCCACCUUCAUUCUGCUGGUCCUCGGGGUGCUGCUGGCCCAGGCCAGACACUGCUCGGACACGACCCAAGGCGAAGUUUUGCUCAGCUCCUGCAGCCCGUCCGACAGAAGCAGCACCACGUCCUCCGCACUCAUCAGCCUUUGGUAUCUCGGAGCCUGUCUGGUCCAGAGGACCUGGGCACCCAUGGGAGGACACGUGACUCUGAAGUGUCAGUUUCCCCUUCCCUUUGCCACAUUCAAACUAUUCAGAAGAGAGGGGACCCGCAGCCGUGAGCUCCAGAGACGUCGUUCCAACAGCUUCACGAUAGACCUGGUGAGCGUGGCACACUCGGGGUUCUAUGCCUGUUCCGUGGCUCUCUGCCACAGCUGUGAGUGGUCAGCACAUAGCGACCCCCUGCAGAUCGUGGUCACAGGUGUGCUCAGGCGUCCCUCCAUCUCGGCCCAGCCCAGCUCCCUUGUGCACGCAGGGGCGAGUGUGACCCUGUGCUGUCACUCACAGCUGAUUUUUGACACAUUUAUCCUGCACAGAGAGGGGGGCACACAGUAUUCUCAGCAACACCCCCUUACGCCUGCACGUGAGGAGACCUACAGAUGCUACGGCGCCCUCAGCCACGCCCCCCAGGAGUGGUCGGCCCCCAGUGACCCCAUGGAUGUCGUGGUCACAGGAAAACACGAGAAGCCGCAUCUCUCGGCCCUGCUGGGCACUGCGGUGUGGUCAGCAGGGAACGUGAUCUUGCUCUGCGGCUUCGAGAGCUCCUUUGACAUGUACCACCUGUGCAGGGCUGGGCAGGCCUGCCCACGCCGGCUGGCUGCAGGGCGGAGCCACAGCGGGGCCUCUCAGGCCGCCUUCCCCCUGGGCCCCGGGACCCCAGCCCAGGAAGGGGCCUACACGUGCUACGGCUCUUUCAACCACUCCCCCCAUGAGUGGUCAGCCCCGAGUGACCCAGUGCACCUCUCUGUCGCAGGUGAGGAAUCCCGAACCUGCCCCGUGUCUCCAAUACACUAGACCACGGAGCCCUAUCUGAAGGGCGCCCUGUUGGUGACAGGGGAUCCGGGGCUUCUGGAGAAACAGAAGCAGUGAGAAAUACAGAGAGGCUGGGACACAGGCCCCUGC